AUGGGGAACGCUCCGAGUCACAGCAGUGAAGACGAGGCGGCAGCCGCCGGGGGCGAGGGCUGGGGCCCGCACCAGGACUGGGCCGCGGACUCGGGCACGACCCUCGGCCAGGGUCCCGCGGCCCCGGCGCUGCCGCCCGCCGCGGCGCUGCUGGAGCCGGCCCGGCUGCGAGAGGCGGCGGCUGCUCUGCGGCCCACGCCGCCCUGCGAAUCUCUGGUGUCCAGGCACCACGGCGCGCUGUUGCGCUGGCUGGAAGAGCGCCUGGGCCGCGGCGAAGAGUCCGUCACCCUGGAGCAGUUCGGGGAGCUGCUGGAGGCUCGUGGCGCCGGCUUCUCGGGCGAGCGGUUCGAGGAGGCCUUUGCCCAGUUUGAUGCUGAGGGUGAUGGUACGGUUGAUGCUGAGAACAUGUUGGAGGCCCUCAAGAAUUCCAGUGGAGCUAACCUUCAGGGAGAGCUGAGCCACAUCAUCAGACAGUUGCAAGCCUGCUCUCUUGUUCCAGGUUUCAUAGACAUAUUUUCAGAGUCCAAGGAGGGCCUGGAUGUCCAUGCGGCGAUGAUCCUGCGCUUCCUGCAUCGCAACCGGCUCUCCAGCACCGUCAUCCCCUACCCCAUGUUGGACCACUGCAAUAACAUGAGCACCAUGAGGGCCUCUGUUCUGAAGGAGUCUCUGGAUCAGCUGGUACAAAAAGAAAAGGAGAGCCCUGGAGAUCUAACUAGAAGCCCAGAGAUGGACAAACUCAAGUCUGUUGCGAAGUGCUACGCUUAUAUAGAGACAUCCUCCAACCCUGCAGACAUUGACAAGAUGACAAAUGGAGAAACCUCAUCCUACUGGCAGUCAGAUGGCAGCGCCCGCUCACACUGGAUUCGUUUAAAAAUGAAGCCAGAUGUCGUACUCAGGCACCUGUCCAUUGCCGUGGCGGCCACUGACCAGAGCUACAUGCCGCAGCAGGUGACCGUAGCUGUGGGGAGGACGGCCAGCGAUCUUCAGGAAGUCCGCGACGUGCACAUUCCCAGCAAUGUCACUGGCUAUGUGACACUGCUGGAAAAUGCCAACAUCAGUCAGCUCUAUGUCCAGAUUAACAUAAAGCGUUGUCUUAGUGAUGGAUGUGACACUAGAAUUCACGGUCUGAGGGCUGUUGGCUUUCAGAGAGUCAAGAAGUCUGGGGUCUCAGUCUCAGAUGCUUCUGCAAUAUGGUAUUGGUCUCUACUGACGUCUCUGGUGACGGCUUCCAUGGAAACAAAUCCUGCGUUUGUCCAGACGGUGCUGCGCAACACUCAGAAGGCACUGCAGCACAUGCCUCCGCUGUCCCUCUCACCAGGAUCUACAGAUUUCUCCACUUUCCUGUCUCCCAAUGUUCUGGAAGAAGUGGACAGCUUCCUCAUAAGGAUUACUAGCUGCCGUUCUACUCCAGAGGUGGAGCUGACUCUUCUGGCCUUUGCACUAGCAAGAGGAAGUGUUGCCAAAGUGCUGAGCUCUCUGUGUACUGUCACUGAUCACCUGGACACACACUAUGAUGCCUCAUCUCUCAUCUCAUCCAUGGCAUUGGUCAGGCAGAACCUGCUCCUUAAAUACGGGAAACCUCUCCAAUUGACUCUUCAGGCCUGUGAUGUCAAGGGAAAAGAAGAGAAGUCAGGACCUGAAAACCUGCUUGCUGAGCCAUGGACGAGGGACGGUUUUCUUACAGAGACUGGAAAAACCAGAGCAAGUACUAUUUUUUCUACAGGAACUGAAUCUGCCUUCCAAGUUACUCAGAUCAGAAUUAUGGUUCGACGUGGUGGCAUUGGUGCCCAGUGUGGCUUGGUGUUUGCUUACAAUUCAUCUUCUGAUAAAUUUCAUGCGGAAGAACACUUCAAAAGAUUUGAAAAAUAUGACAAAUGGAAGCUUCCAGAGUUUAGGCAAUUUGUAAAAAGCAGGAUCGGUUGCUCGUCUGAUAUCCUUGGCGAAGAUGAUCCCAUUGGCUGGUUUGAGCUGGAAGAAGAGUGGGAUGAAGCAGAUGUCAAGUUGCAGCAGUGCAGAGUUGCCAAAUAUUUGAUGGUGAAGUUCCUCUGCACUCGCCAGGAGUCGGCAGAGCGCUUGGGAGUGCAAGGCUUGAGCAUCAGUGGGUACCUCCGGCCUGCGAGAGCAGGAGCGGAACAGAGCAUCGUCUGUGCUCACUGCAGAAGGGGCACGGAGGAGAGUGUCUGUGGGGCCACACUGCUCCUCAAGACCCUUCAGUUCAUCCAGCAGCUUGCCCAUGACCUGGUACAGCAGAAGGAAAGUGGCUUAAAAUAUAAAUCUUUUCUGGACUUCGCGGGUCUUGACUUGCAGAUCUUCUGGAAUUUUUAUAGUAAAUUAAAGCAAAACCCCAGGGAAGAGUGCGUCUGUGCCCAAACUCUGCUUCUGCAGCUCCUCCAGAGCUGCUUCUCCGUGCUGCAAGGAGACGCUCCGGCCGCUGCUGAGGACGCCAAGGCUCCAAGCCCGCGCCCUAGGCCGGUGGAGGCUGCCAAGGAGCUCUACGCACACCUGUGCAGUGUGGUGGAUAGGUUGGAUGGAGACUCUGUGCCCAUGGAAAUACUGAAACAAGAAGUCAGGAACACCCUUCUCAAUGGGGCUGCCAUCUUCUUUCCUGACCGACAGACCCGGCGGAAUCAUCUCUUCACCAUGAUGAAGAAUGUCACCGAGCAGGAACACAAACAGUCCAUGCAGCUCACUUUCCGCUCUCUCUGCACAUAUUUUAGUGAUAAGGAUCCUGGCGGCCUUCUGCUGUUACCUGAGAAAGGCGACCUGGCCAACAUGGACAUCAGCGAAGUGCUGGCGGUCAUGAACACCCUGCUGUCUGUCGCCGCUCGAGAGUGUGAGCUGUUGAUGGUCGACGGCGCUCAGAGGGAGGCGGGCUCUGUGCUCUCCUCCCUGUUCUGGUCUGUCCAGGGCAGCCUGCUCGCCUGGUGCUACCUGCAGCUGAAGAGCUCGGACCCCGGAGCCAAGGAUCUCGCCGCCGACCUCACUGACAGAUAUGUGGGGCAGUUUCUGGCACGCAUGAGAGUAAUUUUGGAAUCCCUUUUGUCACAAUAUAGCGGGAAAGCCAUAGUAGAAAAAUUAUGUAACUCGGUGUUUUCGAUGGCAGCUCGCCAGCUGGUGAUCUUUCUGCUGGACUUUUGCACGCUGGACAUUUCACACUGCACACUCUUGAGAGAGUUCAGUGCCCUGACAGAGCUGCUGAAAGAGCUCUGCAGUGACGCCGAUGGAGGGGUGAACAAGCUGGACGUUGAGACGUGGCAGCAGGAACGCCCUGUGGUGUUGCAUACGUGGACCAAGGAGUCUGCCCACAACUAUGAAAAUAACUGCCAUGAGGUGUCUGUCUUUGUCAGCCCAGGGGCAACCUAUUUCGAGGUGGAAUUUGAUGAGAGAUGUGAAACUGAAAAAAGGUAUGAUUAUCUAGAAUUUACCGACGCCAGAGGUGGGAAAACACGGUAUGACACAAAAGUUGGCACUGACAAGUGGCCCAAGAAAGUGACCUUUAAGGCUGGUCCCCGGCUGCAGUUUCUCUUCCAUUCCGACAGCAGCAACAAUGAGUGGGGCUACAAAUUCACCGUCACUGCCUACGGCCUGCCUGAUGUCGCUGUGUCUUGGGGGCUGGAUUUACAGCUCCUGGUGUCCCGGCUGAUGGGACGCCUCGCUUCCCAGUGCAUGGCGCUCAAGUCUGUGCACCAGUUAGGCAGUAACAUGGCAGUACCUCAGGCAAAAAUGGCAUUAGUCCUAAACUCCCCCUUGUGGAAACCUGUCUUCAGGCACCAAAUACAUCCAGAGUUGGGAUUAGAAGCAAGCUGGCCCACUCACCCACCCCAGGAUAAUAAGGAGGUUAAGAACAUCCCUGAUGAUCCCUGCCAUCAAUUUCUUCUUGACUUUGCACAGUCAGAUCCUGCCCAGAACUUCUGUGGGCCAUAUUCAGAACUUUUCAAAGGAUUCAUACAGGCAUGUAGAAAACAGGCCCCAAAGACAGAUAUAGUUGCUGGUUCCACUAUUGAUCAAGCUGUGAACGCCACCUUUGCUGCUCUGGUGUAUCGCACUCCAGACUUAUAUGAGAAGCUGCAAAAAUAUGUAAACAGCGGGGGCAAGACAGCCUUGAGUGAGGAGUUUGCACAGGUGUAUUCCUUGGCUGAUGGGAUUCGAAUAUGGAUGUUAGAGAUGAAGCAGAAGUCCCUGAUGAACCUGGGGAGCGAGGCAGAAGAACCGCGGGGGACGGAAGCUGCUGAGGUGAACCCCGAGAGCCUGGCAAAAGAAUGUUAUCAGAAGAGUCUUCUACUGUUGAAAUUUUUGCCCACGGGUGGAGGUUCAAAAGAAAGCUGUGACAGAUCGGUGGCCGUGGAUGACACAGAUCACCUGCAGCCACUGGACAAGCGCCGGAGGACAAGCUCUGUGCUGGAAGAGCACUUCCAAGCCUUGGCGUCGCCCACUGAAGCAGCGCCCCCGACUGCGGGAGACCAGAGCCCCGGCCCAGACGUGCAGCCCACGCUGCCCCCCAGCGGAGGCCCACCUGCCUUGGAAGUGUCCUCUGUCCCAGCAGAGGAGCCCUCAUCACCUUCCACUCCCACCCGGCGGCCUCCCUUCACCCGGGGGCGACUCCGGCUGCUCUCCUUCCGCUCAAUGGAGGAGGCCAGACCGGCACCCACGGUGAAAGAGAAGUACCCAGUGCUGAAGGACCUCAUGGACUUCAUCAAAGAUCAGUCACUCUCCCACGAGAGUGUUGUAAAGGUUCUCUCCUUGAGGAAGGCCCAAGCCUGGAGCAUCCUCGAGGUGCUGAGGAUCAUCCAGUGUUGUACCGAGUCCCUUGGGCAGCCUCACUGCUUCCACCCGCCUUACAUCCUUUUCCUGUUGGAACUCCUCACCUGCCAGAAAGAGUUUACCAAUUAUUUUGGACACCUGGAAGGCUGUGGUGCAGAUCUACACAAAGAAAUUAGAGACACUUACUAUCAGUUUGUUUUGUUUUUGGUCAAAGCAGUCAAAGGAUACAAUAGCAAAAAUGACAGGUCCUUGCUGCCUGCCCUGUCCUGCAUCCAGACGGCCCUGCUGCACCUUUUGGACAUGGGCUGGGAACCCAGUGAUCUCACCUUCUUUGUUGGCAUUCAGUUACCAGAUCUCCUCAUGAAACUGUCACAGGAAAACAUAAGUGCCCAUGACAGUGCGAUCAGCCAAUGGAGUGAAGAAGAUGAGCUUGCUGAUGCCAAGCAGAAUUCAGAAUGGAUGGAUGAGUGUCAGGAUGGCAUGUUUGAGGCCUGGUAUGAAAAAAUAGCCCAGGAAGAUCAAGAGAAGCAGAGGAAAAUGCACAUGUUUAUUGCUCGCUACUGUGACCUGUUAAAUGUGGACAUCUCCUGUGAUGGGUGUGAUGAGAUCGCCCCCUGGCAUCGCUACCGUUGUCUGCAGUGCAGCGACAUGGAUCUCUGCAAGACUUGCUUCCUAGGUGGGGUGAAGCCUGAAGGCCAUGGAGAUGACCACGAAAUGGUCAACAUGGAGUUCACAUGUGACCACUGCCAGGGUUUGAUCAUAGGCCGGAGGAUGCACUGCAAUGUAUGCGAUGACUUUGACCUGUGCUAUGGAUGCUAUGCAGCCAAGAAAUAUUCCUAUGGCCACUUGCCUACCCACAGUAUCACUGCCCAUCCAAUGGUGACCAUCCGGAUCAGUGACCGGCAGAGGCUCAUCCAGCCCUACAUCCACAACUACUCCUGGCUGCUCUUCGCCGCCCUGGCUCUCUAUAGCGCCCACCUGGCCAGCGCCGAGGACAUGGAUGGCGAAAAGCUGGACCCACAGGUCCGCAGCAGCGCUGCCACCCUGCGGAGCCGGUGCCUGCAGCUCGUCGGGGACUGUCUGAUGCAGGCUCACCAGGGAAAAGGUCUUAAAGCUCUAGCUCUGCUUGGUGUAUUGCCAGAUGGUGGCUCUCCUCCAGAAAACCAGGCCCUGCCAGUCACUGCGCCCACCCAGACGUCAGAGGAGCAGCCAGGGAAGAAAGCUGUGCAGGCUGCCGCGGAGCCGGCCCACGCAGGCCCUGCUGGGCACCGCAGUGGGAAGAGAGAUGCUCCUAAGGAAGUCAGACCUUUAGAUAGCAAGCAGAGAAGUAAGGCCAAUGAAGGUGUAUCAUUAAGGAAGGAUCCUUCCUGCCCGACUCAAAUUUCAGACUCACCUGCAGAUGCCUGCACACCUACAGGGCUUCCAGAUGCUGAAAAUUCAGAAGCGUCCUCUCAGAAGCCCAUUGAGGAAAAGGCAGUUAUUCCAAGCCCUGAGCAGGUGUUUGCAGAGUGUUCCCAGAAGAGGAUUUUGGGGUUACUAGCAGCCAUGUUACCUCCCUUAAACUCGGAUCCCACAGUCCCCCUGAUAGACCUGGAGCAUGUGCUCCCGCUCAUGUUCCAGGUCGUGAUCUCAAAUGCAGGCCACCUGAACGAAACCUACCACCUCACCCUGGGUCUCCUCGGCCAGUUAAUCAUCCGCCUUUUACCAGCAGAGGUAGAUGCUGCUGUGACCAAGGUCCUCUCGGCCAAACACAACUUGUUUGCAGCUGGGGACAGUUCAGUCGUGCCAGACGGCUGGAAGACCACCCACCUGCUCUUUAGCCUGGGGGCUGUGUGUCUGGACAGCCGCGUGGGCUUGGACUGGGCAUGUUCUAUGGCGGAGAUCCUGCGGUCACUCAACAGCGCCCCUCUGUGGCGAGACGUCGUUGCCACCUUCACAGACCACUGCAUCAAGCAGCUGCCUUUCCAGCUGAAGCACACCAACAUCUUCACGCUGCUGGUGCUGGUCGGCUUCCCCCAGGUCCUCUGUGUGGGGACUCGCUGUGUAUAUAUGGAUAAUGCCAAUGAACCACAUAAUGUGAUCAUCUUGAAGCACUUUACUGAGAAGAACAGGGCUGUGAUUGUCGAUGUCAAAACCCGGAAGAGGAAAACAGUGAAGGACUACCAACUGGUCCAGAAAGGAGGAGGACAGGAAGGCAGUGACUCGCAGGCCCAGCUGAGCCAAUACUCUCAGCACUUUGCCUUUAUUGCCAGUCACCUUCUGCAAACCAGCAUGGACAGCCAUUGUCCCGAGGCAGUGGAAGCAACUUGGGUCCUGUCCCUGGCCCUCAAAGGAUUAUAUAAAACCCUAAAGGUUCAUGGUUUUGAAGAGACGCACGCUACCUUCCUGCAGACUGAUUUGCUGAAGCUGCUGGUGAAAAAGUGCAGCAAAGGGACUGGCUUCAGUAAAACGUGGCUCCUCCGGGACCUGGAAAUUUUGUCCAUCAUGCUGUACUCCUCAAAAAAGGAGAUCAACACUUUGGCUGAGCAUGGAGAGCUGGAGCUGGAUGAACGAGGGGAUCAGGAGGAGGAGGUGGAACGGUCAGUCAGCAGCCCUGGUGACCAGGAGCAGAAAAAGCUAGACCCUCUUGAGAGCCUGGAUGAGCCCACCAGAAUAUGUUUCUUGAUGGCUCACGAUGCCCUCAAUGCCCCUCUGCACAUUCUCCGGGCCAUAUACGAACUGCAGAUGAAGAGGACCGACUCUUUCUUCCUGGAGGUUCAGAAGAGGUUUGACGGGGACGAGCUCACCACGGACGAAAGGAUCCGGACCCUGGCUCAGCGGUGGCAGCCCAGCCGGAGUCUGAGACUGGACGAGCAGAGUGCCAAGGCCGUGGAUACAGACAUGAUCAUCCUGCCCUGCCUGUCCAGGCCCGUCCGCUGCGAGCAGGCCACCGUCGAGUCGAACCCCGUGACCCAGAAACUGAUCUCCAGCACGGAGAGCGAGCUGCAGCAGAGCUAUGCCAAGCAGCGGCGCAGCAAGAGCGCCGCCCUGCUGCACAAGGAGCUCAACUGCAAGAGCAAGAGGGCCGUCCGAGACUACCUCUUCCGCGUGAACGAGGCCACAGCCGUCCUGUACGCCCGCCACGUGCUGGCGUCCUUGCUUGCCGAGUGGCCCGGGCACGUGCCGGUGAGCGAGGACAUCCUGGAGCUGAGCGGCCCAGCCCACAUGACCUAUAUUCUGGACAUGUUCAUGCAGCUGGAGGACAAGCACCAGUGGGAGAAGAUCCUGCAGAAGGUGCUCCAAGGCUGCCGGGAGAGCAUGCUGGGAACCAUGGCCCUGGCUGCCUGCCAGUUCAUGGAGGAACCAGGAAUGGAGGUGCAAGUGCGAGAAUCAAAACACCCGUAUAACAACAACACCAACUUCGAGGACCGAGUUCACAUCCCUGGGGCCAUCUACCUCUCCAUCAAGUUCGACCCUCAGUGCAACACGGAGGAAGGCUGUGACGAGCUGGCCAUGUCCAGCAGCAGCGACUUCCAGCAGGACCGGCACAGCUUCAGUGGGGCCCAGCAGAAGUGGAAAGACUUUGAGCUCCCAGGAGACACUCUGUAUUACCGCUUCACCUCUGACAUGAGCAACACCGAGUGGGGCUACAGGUUCACUGUGACGGCCGGACACCUGGGGCGGUUCCAGACAGGAUUUGAGAUUUUGAAGCAGAUGCUGUCAGAAGAAAGAGUUGUGCCACACCUCCCGCUGGCCAAAAUUUGGGAAUGGCUGGUGGGUGUGGCCUGCCGCCAGACUGGUCAUCAACGGUUGAAAGCCAUCCACCUGCUCCUGAGGAUUGUGCGAUGCUGUACCCACAGCGACCUCUGUGACCUCACGCUGCUGCAGCCCCUGUGGCAGCUCUUCACCCGGAUGGAGUACAGCCUGUCUGAGGACGUGACCCAGGCUGGCAUCCUCCUGCCCCUGCAUCGCGCACUCACCGAGCUCUUCUUCGUCACCGAGAACCGCGCCCAGGAGCUCGGCCUGCUGCAGGACUACCUGCUGGCCUUAACCACUGAUGACCACCUUCUCCGCUGCGCCGCGCAGGCUCUGCAGAACAUCGCUGCUAUCAGCCUGGCCAUCAACUACCCGAACAAGGCCACCCGCCUCUGGAACGUUGAGUGUUAG